GUUCUUCCUGGCCAUUUGUAGCACUAGCCCUAAAAAACAACCUUCAAUUAAAAAUUUUAUGUUAACGAAAAAAUUAAAAAGUUAAACUCCUGAAAAAACCUCAGCAUCCCAAGUUCUGUCUCUGUCUUUCAAAAUCCUCCUAACAAUGUCUUUAUCUCUGAAAAUUCUGACACCCAUAUCUUUAUACAGUACUUUCUUUCUUCUCCUCCCUUUGAUAUACACCUUCUCCAUACAAGAUCUCCUUCAGAGUCAAGGCUUGCCUGCUGGUCUCUUCCCAGACAAUGUGAUAUCCUACAAACUUGAUCCCGAUGGUCGCCUGGAAGUGCACCUGGACAGCCCCUGCAUGGCCAAAUUUGAUGGGAGAGUGUACUUUGACCGUGUAGUGAGUGCUAACCUUAGCUAUGGUGGGCUUGUGGGGCUUGAAGGUCUCUCUGAGGAAGAGCUAUUUUUGUGGUUGCCUGUUAAAGGUAUCAUAGUCAAUGAUCCUUCCUCCGGGCUUAUUUUGUUUGAUAUUGGUGUUGCUCAUAAACAACUCUCUAUUUCUCUCUUUGAAGACCCUCCUGUUUGCAAGCCUCUAGAAGUUCUGACAGAAAAGGUUGGAAGGAAGAAGAAGCGAUUUCAAGUUCAGAAAUGAUUUCAUUGCUUUUACUUCAUUGUUGA